AUCUCGUCUCGACAUAAACAAGCGGCCCCGCAUGUCUAUGAAGAUAUCUGUGGAGGAGGAAUCUGGUAUCGUUCGCUCGUCCGCGUCGUUAACGAUAAUUCGAUAGUCGUCAUCGAGCUGCUAGCUGGAUCUGCUCGCGAAUGGAACCGGGUUUGCGAUCGAAUCGCUACGUGGAGACGAGCAUCGCCGAUAUCGACGCUUCCAGUAAUGGUUAUCAACUCGACUAACGAAGAGGCGAAAGAAAAAUAAAUGUUGAAACUCGAACGAUGGGUUUCUAAUACUGAAAGCGACAUUGUUCCAAGUUUAUCGAUCAUUCUGAAUUCGCGAGAGUUAGCAGGCCGAACGAUAUUACGAGAAGAAACCGAAUAAGCAAACAAUGUUCUCCAAAAUGGAAAUAGUGCGAUUCCUGUUCGCGAUAAUGCUAUGCAUCGCGAACAUGAUCAUCUACGGUCUAAAAGUGAACAUAGCAACGACCAUCGUGGGCAUGGUGAAGGCUAAAAAGGAUAGCGGCCAGAUUGGAGAUGGAUCGCACGAGUGCAAUUUCGACGAUCAGGACACAUCGCAUGUCGAUAUAGAUGGGCCGUUUGAUUGGUCAACGACCGAACAGGGCUUGGUCGUCAGUAUAUAUUUCGCUGGUUACCUCGUGGGGAUGUUUCCAUCCGGAUAUUUUGCAGAUCGCUUCAACACGAAAAACGUUUUACUGAUCUGCGUGAUGGCGAACGCGAUCUUAACGAUAUUGGUACCAAUGGCGGCGCACGAGCUUGUGGUCCUCUACAUCGUCAGAUUUUUCACGGGGCUCCUGAGCGCGGCGAAUCUUCCGGUGGUGAACGUACUCGUUGGCAAAUGGGUCGUUUACGAAGAGAAAAGUAUGUGGGUCGGGAUCAUUUACGCCGGAACGUCACUCGGCACCGUCGUGUCAAUCUUCACUUCCGGAAUGAUAAUGCACAGUCUGGGAUGGGAAGCCGUAUUCUACAUACACGGCACGCUCCCAUUACUUUGGUGCGUGUUUUUUUAUUGGUUCUUCGCCGACAACCCGGAAACGCAGAAAUACAUCACCGAGAAAGAGAGACAACUGAUCGUCAACUCUUACGGCCACAGAACCCCCGAAUCGGCGUCCAUGAAAAUUCCAUGGGUAGAUAUAUUUAAAUCGGUGCCGUUUUGGGCGUUGGUCUUCACCAACACGUUUGGAAACUUCGUUUGGUACUUUUUACUCACGCAGCUGCCAUUGUAUAUGAACAAAAUACUCAGAUUCGACAUUAAGGCGAAUGCUGCCCUCAGUUGCUCUCCAUACCUAAUUAACGCUAUAAUAAAUCCACUGCUUGGUAAGCUGUUGGAUUGGGGUAGGCAGAAGAAUUAUUGGACGCAAACCGUUGCUCGAAAGAUCGCAGUAUUUAUAAGCUGUAUCCCACCCAGCAUUUGUCUAAUCAUAAUCGCGUACAUCGGUUGCGAUCGCGUAGGAUCCACGGUGCUAAUGAUAUUGAGCGUAGUGUUGUGCGGAGCGAUUUUCGUCGGCCAUCUCACCAAUCAGAAUGAUCUGGCACCUAAUUACGCGGGGAUCUUAAUGGGUAUCACGAAUACGCCUGGAACGAUUUCAGCGUUUAUCUUGCCAGCUUUGGUGGGGGCACUCAUGGAGCAAGGGCACACUAUGGAACGCUGGAGAUACGUUUUCUGGAUCAACAUCGUUGCCCAAGUAUCAGCGUUCGUGGUAUAUGUAUUCGCUGGUUCGGGAGAAAUUCAAAAAUGGAAUAACCCGACGACGACCGUCGAAACUUGGAAUUAAUCGUUCGUCUUAGAAUUCGCUUCGACAUUUUAAUAAUUGCUGACUGUAACUGUAUUUUUUAUGAAAAUUGGUACAAAAUGUUUGACCUUUGUAUUAAUUUUACACGAAGAAAUAGCAAUAAAUGUGUCCUGUGCGAAAUAGAGAGUGCAAACUAGUGGAUACUUAAUUAGCAAAUUUUUAGGAACCAACAUAAUUUAUAGCUAAUAAAGUUAUUUCUAUACAAAUUAGACAUUACAAAGAAGACACAUAAAAUAUGAAGAAGAUAACGUAUUAUCAUAUAUCACAUGUUCCGUAUGUGAAAACUAUUUAUUUGCGUAAUAUCUAUAAUCUACUGAUGAGGAAUGUAAAAAUACUCGUAUGCAAAAUAUAGUGUAUAUAAAUACAUUGUUAUCUAACGUCAUUGUCAUGAUUACGAAAUAAAAUUACGUGAAUUCAAUCAG